CAUGGCCCCACCGAGAGGCGUCGCUGUUGCGCAACGCGAAGGGCGGAGGCGGGCUCUCAGCAAAGCGCGGAGUUAGGGUUGCCGAUUUGCGAGGAAUAAACCAUCUAUCUUGAGUGAGAGAGACGUAAAAAUAGCCUGCCGACUGCAGAUAAAGUGGGAAAGGAAGACAUGCUGGAAGAGCCUGACUGCGGAUGGCCAAUGGGGCUCUAUUGAUCCUUUGCCAAACCCGGCAUGUGCGAGAUAGCGUCCAACUUGACUGUGAAGGAAUACCGGUUUGGAAGGGAUGAGGAAAAGGGAGACAGGAAUGACCAGCCCCGGGAAUUGGUGGUGAUGAUUCCUGAGGUUCUUGAUCCACAGUAUGGUAUGUAUGUUUGGCCUUGCGCAGUGGUUUUGGCCCAGUAUAUCUGGUUUCAUAGAAGACUUGUCUGUGGCAAAAGAAUACUAGAGAUUGGAGCAGGUGUGAGCCUACCUGGAAUAGUGGCAGCAAAAUGUGGAGCACAAGUAAUAUUAUCAGAUAAUGCAGAGUUCUCUCAGUGUUUGGACAACUGCCAAAGAAGCUGCCAGAUGAAUAACCUCUCUGGGAUGUGUGUUAUAGGACUUACCUGGGGUCAUGUAUCACCCAGUCUAUUGACCUUAGCCCCAGUUGACCUUAUUUUGGGAUCCGAUGUGUUUUUUGAACCAGAAGACUUUGAAGAUGUUAUAAGUACAGUGCACUAUUUAAUGGAAAAGAACCCUCAUGCCCAAUUUUGGACUACUUACCAAGUCAGAAGUGCGAACUGGUCUAUUGAAGGAUUACUAUAUAAAUGGGAGAUGGAAAGCACACGUGUGCCAUUGCAGUCAUUUGAAGCCAACAAGGAACAACUUGCAGGAUCUUCUCUUCCAGGGAUGCACACUAUUCAAAUGAUGGUUAUCAGUAAAAAAAUAAAUAAAUAAUAAAGGACUGAAACCUUAGAAACAUUCCUAAUGUUUUUUUAAUGAAAAUGUAUCAACUGCUUAUUUGAUAGCUCCAUAUCGCCUGACCACCACUGGAUACAAAUCAGUUUCUCAGCAUUUUUUAAAAAGUAAUUUUAUUAAUUGUUCAUGCCAAUACUAAUUCUGCUGCAUGUUUCUUUUGAAUUAAGGAUAUAUAUGCAUUUCACAGGAAUACCAAAAAUGUUACUUGAGCCUACAAUGUUUUAAAAACAAUCUUUGUUAUAUAGGAGUAAGUCCCCUUAAAUAGGACUUAUAGGAAUGAAUUUGCUGGAUGAGUGUUAUUUAAAUUGCAAAUUAAUAUCAUCUGUCCUAGUCUAACAGACAAAACUGACUCAAACAUCAGUUUUAAAAAAAAAA